UUCCUGUCUUUCUCCCCCUAUCCUUGCUCUAUCCUGUUCUCUUUUACUUGAUCCCUUCCAUACACUAUGCAAUCAAUUUCUCAACCCUUCUCCCCCCUCUCUCUCUCUCUUUCCUCUCUUCCAUAUUCCACUCGCCUCACUUUCCCCUGUCUUCCACUCCCCCUGUUCUGCUCAGAUGUUAACGCAAGGAACAACAUGAAGCAGUUCUGGGAGGGGCAUUCCUCCGAUGGUAGCCUGGAGGAGAUGAUGCUUGACUCCAAUGCCUCUAUCCUCACCAAACACGAACUCCCGGAGGUCAUGUCUUUACUACCAGACCUUAAAGGGAAAAGGGUCCUGGAACUUGGGUCAGGAAUCGGCCGUUUCACUGGUAUUCUUGCUGAAGCAAGUGGUCAUGUGACAGCUGUUGACUUCAUGACUUCAUUUGUUGAGAAGAAUCGAGAGGUCAAUGGUCACAGGAGUAACGUUGACUUCAAACAGGCCGAUGUGAUGACUCUAGAUCUCCCGCUAAACAGUUAUGAUGUGAUCUUUUCCAACUGGCUCUUCAUGUACCUAUCGAAUGAGGAGCUCCUUGCUCUUGCCACUCGUCUUCUUGGAUGGCUGAAAGAUGGAGGUCACUUGUUUUUCAGAGAGUCCUGCUUUCAUCAGUCAGGUGACAAGAGUCGUAACUUCAACCCAACCCAGUACCGUAAGCCCCGUGACUACAACUCAAUCUUCCAAGGCACCAGUAGCAGCGUGAACCAGAACGAGGGCGCCCUUUCAUAUGGAUUUCAGCUCAUUAUGUGCCGAAGCAUCCAGUCAUAUAUCAAGCUGAAGAACAACCCUAACCAGUACAGCUGGUUGUGGCAGAAGACCCAACAGGAUGUGGAUGCUAACCAUGGCUUCAAAUCAUUCCAGCAGUUCCUUGACAGCAGACAGUAUUCCCUCAACAGUAUCCUCAGGUAUGAGGUCUUUGGAGAUGGUUACGUCAGCACUGGUGGGCCAGAGACUACACAUGAGUUUCUUGAGAUGCUUGGACUGAAAGAAGGUCAGAUGGUCCUUGAUGUAGGGUGUGGCAUCGGAGGAGGUGACUUCUACAUGGCAGAUAAAUACAGUGUAAAUGUUGAUGGCAUUGAUCUAUCAAGUAAUAUGAUAGAGGUAGCUAUGGAUAGAGCGCAGGGACAAAAUCAACCAAAGGUCAUCUUUGAGAUUGGCGACAUCACCAAGAGAGAGUAUAAUCCUGAAUCAUUCCAUGUUAUCUACAGCAGAGAUACACUCCUUCACAUCCAAGAUAAACCAGCCAUCUUCAAGAAGUUCCUGACAUGGUUGAGACCUGGUGGUAAGCUGCUGAUAUCUGAUUACUGCUGUGGUGAACUGCCACACAGUGAUGCCUUCAAGGCCUAUGUGGCUCAGAGAGGUUAUAUACUCUACACACCACCUAGAUAUGGACAGCUUUUGGAAGAAGCAGGAUUUGUGAGCGUGAAGGCCGAAGACAGAACAUGGCAGUUCAAAGAUAUGUUACAGAAGGAGCUCAACAGGAUGAUGGACCCCAACCUUGAUAUCCUAAAGGGCUUUACUGAGGAAGAUGUUUGGGCACUGCAAGACGGUUGGAGGAGUAAGAUCGAGCGGGUCGAUGCUGGCAAUCAGAAGUGGGGUCUCUUUUAUGCCGAGAAGAGUGCUUAAUACCACUCCGUAGAGUGAUGCUUUCGGCUCUGUGUUCACAGGUUGUGAGUGGAAUAGUGAGUGGUCAAACAUUUCAGCAAUGCCAGUAUUGCUGAUAAGGAUCUAUUUAUACUCAAUGGAUAAAAUAUAAGUUGGCAGGGCCUUUGCUUGAAGAAAAUUUUGGGAAUCCCUUUUUUCUUAUCAAAGCAUCUUUGUCUUAUAUUAUCUAUUGACCAUAAAAAUACCUUUUUGGGGUAUUGAUAAAAGGAAAUCCUUUUUUUUUUGUAGUUUGUUGCUUUUCUCACUCUAUAGAUUAUUUCAUAUAAUUGACUUAUAAAGUCUGUGAAAUUAAAAGUUAUACUUUUUGAAGAAGUAAAUAACUUUAUUUGUUAAUUCAAGUACAUCUUAUUCAUUUGUUUUUAAUGUCAAACUGCCAUUUGUUUGACUUUGAUAGUGGCAGCGAUUCUGUUCAUUAUUUUUAAAUUGGACAUUUGAGGCAGCUUUUGGGUAAAUGGUUACCGUCCAGGUACAGGUUAUGAUGCUUUGAUAUAGAUUUGUUAAAGCCAUUUUAGUAUAUGUGGACCAUCAGAGUCUUGUUGAAAAUAGAACCAUUGCUUUUGACAUCCAUUUAACUGCAACUCAUUUGCCUGUGCUUUAGGCCUUUGCAUUAAUCAAUUUCGCUAGUUAGAGUUAGGGUUUGGUUUAUCUCCUAAAAUGCUUUUCUGAAUAGCAUACGAUCUCAGUCUGAAGCUAGUAAUUCUAGAUGAAACUUAAAUCCACCACUUAUAGUUAGGCCGUAUAUGGGACAGAAUACAGGCCAUUGUCAUUAGGUCCUUAAUGCACUUGUUAAUUCUAUGAUUUUCAAUUCUGUGGAUUUUCAUCACAUUUGAUACUCUGAUCCUAAAAUGAUCUAGAAGAACUUACGGAAUCCAUUCCCUGUAUGUUUAAAUACAUUGUCGUGUGACAAAAACUGUGAACUCUAGGUAGUCAACCCUCUACACUUGCCAACUGUACUAGUGAUUUUGAAAGAUUAGUGCAAAACGCCACUCUUGCUGUUAUGAAUUUUUUGUCACAGCUGUUGAAUUCCACCAACAACCCCCCCCCCAUGUCACAUUUUUAUAAGCCAAAGAAGCCAGAUGUUGUAGCCAGAUAGACAUUCCUCCAAGUACUAUGCUUUUAUCACCC